AUGUAAGAGCAACAGGUCCAGUAAAAGAUGCUUAAGGAUGUUAAAUCUGAAGCCAAGAUUAGAAUUGAACUUCUUGACAUACCAGGUGCUUAUCAUUAUCUUGACCCAGAUUUCAUUGAAAUUUUCAAAGCUUUAUCAUCAACAGAGUCAUAUUUAAUCUUUGAAAAUAAGGCUAUAAAGUGCUUGAUUGAUUUUAAUUUUCCAGUUGUAAGAAAUUUUUUGCUCUUGCUCCUUAUAAUUCCCUUUACUGUAUUCCACAUUACUUUUGUAGUCUAUAUGAAUGUUGUGUAUGAAAAAAGAACAGAAAGUUUGGUAUAUGAAACAGUAAAUUAUAUUUUGGCUAUUUAUUAAGUCAUAAUGUGCGCUUACUUUUUGUUUAAUGAGAUGAGAUAAGUAUACAACCUUGGACUUUAGUAUCUAUACUCAGUAUGGAAUUAUAUAGAUAUAUUAGCUCCUGCUGGUGUGGCUAUUUUACAUGGAAUCUAAUUUGCUGAGUUUAAACAAAUAGAAAUAAAUUAAGACUUCAAUAGAUGCGUUUUAGCUAUUUCUACAUUUUUAAUGUGGUUAAAAUUCCUUUCUACUCUAAGAAUAUUUAAGAGUACUGGAUACUUGAUCAGAAUGAUAGUUUAGGUUAUCUAUGAUAUGGGAAUAUUCUUGUUUGUGCUACUAAUUACUGUAGCUGCUUUUGGAGACUCUUUUCUAAGAAUAGCAUGGGGGAAUGAGGAAGAAAAUUAAUUCACAACUUCAUUUGUCCCCGCAGUUCUUUUUGCUUAUUCUAUGAUUUUGGGUGGAUAUGAUACCGAGGCUUUUGGGGAUGUUGCUGUGCCUCUUGUUUGGAUAUUUUGGGUUCUUUGUACCAUCCUCGAUAUGAUUGUCAUGCUUAAUUUACUUAUUGCUAUCAUAUCUAGCACUUUUGAGAGAGUCAAUGAAAAUUAAGAAUAGGCAAGUUAUCAAGAAAUGGCAUCCCUUAUCUCAGAAAAUCAUUAUCUUAUUCCAAAAAGAACGAGACAAAAAUAUGCAGAGUAGAAUGUAUAUCUUCUAGUUGGAUAUGACUUAGAGAAAUUGAAAGACUUCAAGGAUCCAUUGGACUAAAAAUUCUAAGAAAUUAAAAAUGAAGUAAGCUAGAUAAAGACAACUUUAAGAGAAGAAAUCAAGCUUCAAGAAUAAAGAAAUCAAAAGGCUUUAGAAUCACAAAAUGCAUCUGAAUUAGAACUAAAAAUGAAAAUGGGAGAAAUAAAGCUCUUAAUAUUUUCUUAAUAACCUGAGGAGAAAGUUAGAAUCAGAAUGUAUAAAAAAUUACUAACUAAAACAACUCUUUAUUAGUUUAGAGAAAGAAUUAGAUAUGACAGCUAUAAAUGGGUUUGUUUCAGUAGGUAUUACAGUGGGUGCUUGAGUGGAUACACAGCAAAUGAAUUUAGAUCAGUUGAAAAUGAACAAAUUUAUCACUGUGCUGAUUGCAACUUCGAUCUUUGUGUUAAAUGUAAUGGUCGAUAUGAAGUACAUUAGCAUGAAUUGAAGCUAGUAACUUUCGGUGAACUAAGGAAAUCAGAGAAAGAAUAUUCUGCUUGGGGUUGUGAUGCAAGAUAAUUUAUAUCAUGCAACAUUGGCAAAGUUCAUGAUGAUCCAUUUGAAUAUCUCUAUAUUGAUUAUGACACUUAUUAUAUCUUCUGUCAGAGUUGCGUUAAGGCUCAUAAGAUUUGA